CACCCUAAUCUAUGGUCUACAAAUCCAGUUGUUUAAUAAGACUUUAAUAAACCAAAAAAUGAUUUUUUUUUAAUUAAUUAUGAUUAUAAAUAAAUCUUAAGCUUGCUGUCUGAGAAACAGAAGAGAAAAUGGGGAGGAGAGAGGUGGAAGAGAAGGCAGAGCUUGUGAAGGAGAUCUGCUUCAUGGCUACGGCGUUCGCUUCCUGUAAGCAUCUCUGCUCCAAUGACAGGGAAAAAGUGCUCAUUGAUUGGUACCUUAUUCUCAAUGUUGAUGAGGAUUCUGGUCUGGAUGUGAUUCGGCGGCGAUAUAGACAACUUGCAUUGCAGUUGCAUCCAGAUAAGAAUAAUCACCCAAAAGCAGAGGUGGCAUUCAAGCUGAUCUCAGAGGCAUAUUCCUGUCUUUCUGACAAAGCUCGAAGAAAAAUCUUUAAUGGCGAGAGAAGCAGCAACUUCUGCAAAGAUUGCUAUCUAAAAUGGCAAUCUGAACGCCAUAAGAAGACCUCCAAUAACAUCAAAAUUAGUAAAAGCAACACCAGCAAGAAAAAAGAAGAGGAAGUAGACAACAACAACAACAAAAACAAGCCGAAGCUCAGAAGACAACAAUCAUUGAUCGAACGAGCGAGGAAAAACCAUAUUCUGCAAAAAUUGAAGCAAGUUCAGAUCAAAUUAAGAGAAGAAUGCCGGGUGAUCGAGUCUUGCCUUCAAGCCACCAUGAAUAAGAUCGGAAGGGAAUCACCCCUGUUUGAUCCCAUCAGUUUUUCGAAUUAUCCUUACCGACGACAGACGACGGAGUUGACGAAAGUGUCGCCGGCGCAUUCCUUCUCCGAGCCUUGCACGGCUCGGGGACAAGAGUCGCCAGUUUAUGAGGUAAGAUCUGACUGCUGGACAAGAAAACCAAAGCCCCAGUUUUCUAAAUUCUGAUUGU